AUAAUAAUAAAUGAGCAUGGAAGAAGAUCAGCAGAGGAUCAGCGAAUUAGGAGGAGAUAGUGACUACGAGACUUCCUCCACAGUUCAAUAUGGAACUAUCCAACCCCCACAGAUUGACAGAGAGACCACGGAAUAUAAGAUAGUCAACAGUGUGGAUGAAGCCCUGGACGAAGUCCAGGGAUCAAACCUGUUCUUCUACCUAUGGCCUAUUCUGAUAAACAUAGGCCAUGUGUUGAAUAUUGGGACUAUGAUACCCUUCUUGCUAAGAGUCCCUGAUAUACAGUGUAAGACGAGGGUUAAUCCUGACUGGCACUCCUGUGAGAGAGAUUUUGUGUGUGAUAAUAGAGAUACAAUUCAGUACCAAUUUCAAGAUAAUAACUUCCAAAAAUCAAAUGAUCUCAAUAACUGGAUCACCCAUCUUGAUUUGUUGUGUGUCUCAGAGUUCACAAAAAGCCUCUUUGGCGCCUUGUUCUUCGUUGGAGCAGUGAUCGCCACUGUUACUGUGCUGAGAUUAGGCGACAUCUAUGGUAGAAAACCAGUCCUUAUAAUCUGCAAUAUAGGAUGUGGGGUAAUCUUUAUCACCCUCUACUUCGUAGAUAACUUAGUGCUGGCUUACUUAUUGGUGAUUCCUAUAGGUAUGUUCGGGCUCGCAAAGGGGGCCCUGACAUACCUUCAAAUGCUUGAAUUAGUACCCUCACGUUUAAACAGUGUCUUACAUACUUUUGGAGGCCUAGUUGCAUCAUUGUUCACUUUCUCUGCUACAGCUUUCUUCUAUUUUGUACCAAAUGCAAGAUUGUUCUUAAUAAUCUUGGGAAUAAUGUGCUUAAUCCACUUGAUUCCAGUUAUCAAGGCACCAGAAUCUCCGAAGUUCUUGUACACUCAAAAAAGAUGGAAUGAACUGAGAGAAGCCAUAAACUCCAUUGCUUAUACCAACGGAGUCAAAAUGAAAGAGAUCAAGUUCACAAGUGAACUUUGCUACGAUGAGCAAGAAGAAACUGAGGUUAUCAGCAUGAGAGAGGCCAUCAAAGAUAAGGUUUACUUCAAGAAUCUUCUUAUAAUGACUCUAAACUGGAGUGUCUGCUCUGUCUGUUUUUAUGUUAUCAGUUAUUACUCCAAUGAUUUCCCAGGAAGCAUGUUCGUCAAUGUGCUCUGAAUGCAAAUUGCAGAUUUCUUCUCUGGACUUUGUAGUUAUAUUUAUGUCAAGAAUAUCAGUUUGAAUCACGGUUUCAGCUCAACCUUCAUUAUCGUAUUUGCAGUGACAAUAAUUUACAGUUGAUUCUCUUACCUCCAAGGAAUUGAAUAUUUAUGAGUGUUCGCCAUGAGAUUUGGAAUAGGACUUACCUUCUCCUUAUGUUAUUUCGGGAGCUCAAAUAUCUUCGAUGUGCAGAUAAAAUCAAGGAGUUUCUCUGUCCACAACUUCUUUGCCAGAUUUUUCACCAUAGGUUCCCCAGUGAUCGCUCAGAUUAUCCCCAAACCAGUCAUUGUGAUCUCUGUGCUAACUCUAGUCUCUGCGCUAGCUUCUCAAUUUAUUGAGAAGCAGCAUGAAAUAACUAAAAAAGAUUUCCAUAAGGAUAAUUUUAAAGAAGAUAAGGAAAUAAGAUAAUUUCAAA